AUGCUCGGUGAGCCAAUUGUAUUCUUCCUCGAUGUCGUCGAUAGCGGAAUCUUCCCAUUUACUCGCAAGGGAAGCGAAGUGGUCUCAGUUGAUGGAGGUUCUGGGGCUUCCGCGGAGGAGGCGAUGGUCCGAUCCCGUGUAGAACUUUGGAACAACAGCGACGACAGUCAGGCAAAAUCUCCGAUUGAAGAUGAUGUGGCCUAUUUCAUUAUGGAACUGUUCACCAGCCGUUCUUCUAGGGCCAAUCUUGGCGUUAAAAUCACCGACGAUGACCUUGAAGAAAGUGUAAUCUUCUCUGUAGAGCCCCUUCAGAUCCAUAUUGAACACUUCGAACUCUUCUUCUUCGUAGCCCUAUGUUGCUUUCGUACGAAUCGAUGUUUAUGGCCAAGUGAAGAGGACACCUACGCCGCCGACGCCUGUGCUGUCGCAUGUUCCAAGGAACAGCCCUUGUCCAGCCUCAAAUACAGCGUGCAGUGGGCGAUGCCUUCUCGUCUCGGUCAGUCCGAUGACGUCGUACUUGAUCUUGCAUCAUCAGUCUUCUACACACGCUUCCGAUCAAUGGGGACAGCAACGACAGCUGCCACCCGCUCCAUGAACGUUGAAGAUUUGGAAGCCCUCUACAUUAUGACGCUCACCUCUUCAGAGUUGAAGACCUUGCUGGUCGCUAUUUGA